AUGGCCAAGCCUAAGCAAAAUGUUGCUAGUCGCAAGGGCAAUGCUCCCGCAUCCUUCAGCCCCAAUAAAAAUGAGAAGACUGUCUCCGAACUGACCACGGAAGCCGAAGAGACACCCGAGCAGUCAGAUAGUGAGAAGAAGCAGCAAGACUGGGAGAAGAAACGUCAAACCUUCAUUACCCGGACAAUAUGGACUUUCGUCAUGAUUGCUGGUUUCUUCAUCGCCAUGUUCUCUGGCCACAUCUAUAUUAUCGGCCUAGUUACCGCUAUUCAAAUUGUUUCAUUCAAGGAGGUCAUCAACAUUGCCAAUAAAAAGCCCCAGGAGGAGAAAGAGCAAAAACCCGCGCCCCGCUUCACUAAGCAGCUGAGCUGGUACUUCCUCGCAACGACCAUGUAUUUUCUCUACGGAGAGAGCGUGAUCUAUUAUUUCAAGCACAUUCUGCUUGUAGACAAAGUUCUGUUGCCCCUGGCGAACCACCACCGCUUCAUUAGCUUUACUCUUUAUGUCAUGGGAUUCGUGUUCUUCGUGGGCUCACUGCGCAAAGAUACCUACAAGUUGCAAUUCGUCCACUUUGCCUGGACUCAUAUGGCGCUGUACUUGAUUGUGGUGCAAGCUCACUUUGUGAUGAACAACAUUUUCGAGGGCAUGAUCUGGUUCUUCCUUCCUGCAUCUCUGGUCAUCACCAAUGACAUCUUUGCUUACGUCUGUGGUAUUACAUUCGGACGCACCCAAUUGAUCAAACUCUCGCCGAAGAAGACUGUGGAGGGCUUCCUGGGCGCGUGGAUCUGCACUAUCAUUUUUGGUUACUUCAUGACCAACAUCCUGAUGCGGUACAAGUACUUCAUUUGCCCCGUCAACGACUUGGGCUCGAAUGUUUUGACUGGUCUAGAGUGCGUUCCGAACUCCGCUUUCAUCCCGCAGCCCUACUCCCUUGAAAUGAUCGGCCUGGAUAAGACUUUCUAUAUUGAGCCCAUGCAGCUUCAUAUCUUGAGCUUCGCUACUUUCGCCUCUCUCAUUGCUCCGUUCGGCGGUUUCUUUGCGUCAGGUCUGAAGCGCAGCUUCCAGAUCAAGGACUUCGGCGAGUCAAUCCCCGGCCACGGUGGUAUUACCGAUCGUAUGGACUGUCAGUUCAUCAUGGGCUUCUUCGCCUACAUGUACUACCACAGCUUCAUUGCUGUCUACAAGGCGAACGUUGGAGAUAUCAUCGAGACUGUCAUCAACGGUCUCACAGUUGACGAGCAAUUCGAGGUAGUCCGCGGCCUCAGCAAGUACCUGCACAACCAAGGCGUUGUUUCAGAUACGAUUUUGGACUGCCUUGUUACCGAGCUCAAGCGCUGA